AUGAGCGUCAUCGUUGAUGACCUGAACUUCAAGACAGAGAGCGCUUUGGACAUGAAGAUCGCUCCUCAUUUCAGACUCUGGGUGCUACUCGCUAUGAUCUUCGGUAUUUUGCUGCUGAUGACCGUGGUCAUUUGCUGCUUCGCGAAAAUCCGAAUUCCUCGAACGAAGCGAGAAAUCGAAUUGAACGCCGCUAGCCGAAAGUUGCUUAGCGGAUCCAGGAAAUUCUCGUGCCUACCAUGUGCUUUUACAAACCGAAAGCACAGUAAGGUUUCUUAUUUACUUUGCUCAUCUGCACUGAGUUCUCAAAUUUCAUGCUAA